UUAUUAUGUUGAAAUUCGUUUUGUUGACCUUUAUAUUUCAAUGUUCCUACUUCUCGACAUGUGGUAUAUUCAUGAUAAAUUAUAAUAGAUACUGAUUUUUUUAUUACUGAUACUUAAACAUAUAAUUGAAGAAAUUGGUUUCCAUAACAUGCUGUGAAUAUAACAAGGAUAGAAAUAGAUUCAGAGCAAUUUAAUUGCCCAUAUUUAAAGAUAGUAAUAGAAACAUUGGCAGUUCUGUUAAAGUGUACUAGAGUCUGCUUACACUAUGAAAUUUAUAUAUGUUACUUGUUUAGAAAUUUACACUUAGUUUGGAAGGAAUAAAUGUUUAAGAAGCUUAAAUAAAAUUUAUCAUUUUAGAAUAAACCAACUAUCAAGAUAUUAAUAUUAGGAAAACUCAUGGAAAGUACAUAUGUAUUGCGUUUGAUAGAAAGUUUCAAGAUUUUACCAUGGCACCUAAAUGAUUGUCAAGGAAGAAAUAGGAUAGUUGGAGAUUAAGUUUUUAUGUAAAGCAGAUAUCUAAAUUAUGCUGAAUGUAAGAUCUACAAAUCUCUUAGGGAAGAUACAUUUCUGCUUGUUAGAAAGAAAAUCUGAAGACACAAAACUAAUACGCUACAAUCUUGUCAUAAAAUGUGAGGGCUACACAGGGCUACAAUUGAUUACAGUAAUCUGCAGUAAUCUAAAAUCGGUCACAAACAGCUAAAAGCAUCGGCAGUGGUCGGUGAUGGUCGGCACUUGUCGGUACCUGCGCAAAUACUACAGAGAUGUUACUCCCAGGCGAUUGGUUGGAAUGCCCGGCUCAGCGUAGUACCACCCAAUGUUAUGGCGGCAGCGAACUGAGUAGCGAACAGUGUGGUCACGUAGGCCCACCAUACCGCGUGGUGGAUGCUGCAUGUCCGAUAAACGACGAGUAAGAUGCUGUAACGUAAAACUUGUUUGUGUGAAAAGUCUGUGGUUUGAGAGCCAGCCAACAGUGGUAUCAGAUACGAAAUCUGCUGAGCGUACCUAACGGGAAGCGAAAGUCACCACUACGCUCUCAGCUUUCGCAAAAAGCAUUUUUUCAAUAAGGAGAUAGAGCAACAUUUGAUCCGAUCGAACCGUGCAGGUCGCGUGGUUGCGUGAUUUGCAAUGAAGUGGUCGCCGGGUGCUCUCUUCUGUGAACAAGUUGGUGAGCUGACACGAGUCUUCUCCCAAUGGAACGAAUGCGAACAGACUGUCGUUCUCUAUGCUCUGCUGCGCCGUAUUCCUGCUGUCCAAGCCAGGUUUCUUGCACAGGCAGUACAGCAUUCAUUACACUCGGUGUCUGAGCUGGACACCCAGGAAUUAAAUGCCAAUAACCCUGUUUUCAUCAACUCAUUACUCUCGGAAUCAACGGAGAUAGCUAUUAACCAGUUGCUGACACACCUUCCCUUACUCAGACCUGGAAACGUCGAGUGCAAGCAGUGUUACUUGGUCGCCAUACCAGAGCUUGUCAGUCAUUGUGUUUCUACUGGACAAUACACAGAACAAACUCAACAAUUAUUGAGCUACACUUUAAUUCAUCCGGCAAUAACUAGUCAGGAUAGGAGGUCGUUAACCCAGUGGCUUCGACAUCUCGAAGAACGAAUUACUGGUACACCCCCUAUUCAUAGUCUAGAGGAGUACGCGAAUACUCCAACUAGAUGGGAAAAUGCAUGGCAGAGGAACAAACAGCAUCAUCAUCAUCAACAGCAUCAACAGCAGCAACAACAACAACAACAACAACAACAGCAGCAGCAGCAGCAGCAGCAGCAACAACACAGCGAGCAAACAAAUUUGUACAGUGUACAAUCUGGUGCAACGUUCAAUCUUCAGUUUCCGCCGCCUGUUGCGCGUCAACGUCGUUCGAAUAGCUUGACACCACCCGUAGCUCCUUCACACCAUUUGGAAGUGGUCGAACGUAGCAACAACACCAACAGCGUAAUCAGGCUUAAGCCACGUAGUUUCAGCGUUUCCGGCGAUCAUACGAGCAGUCUCAUCGGGUUGGGUCCUCUCAGCCCACAAAGUUCUUGCGCGAGUAGUGGUAGCGAAGGCAGACUGGACGAGGCGUCAAUUCGAACUUUAGCCAGUGGAAUGAGAGAUGUAGCUUCCUGGUUGAAGACUCUGCGCCUUCACAAGUACAGUUACUUAUUCGCAACGUUAAGUUACGAGGAGAUGUUGGAGCUGACGGAAGAACAGCUGGCUGAGCAGGGAGUAACGAAGGGCGCUAGACACAAACUGGCCAUUUCCAUCAUGAAACUGCAUCAACGAUAUUCCACAUUAUUGAAUUUAGAAAAGGACUUGCUACAACCAACUCGCGAUGGGAGUCAACAAGCAUCCUUUAGUCAAGGGCCAGUGCUCUUGGUUAACACGUUAGAUGAGCUCAAGACAAUUUUAGCAACACCGCUGAAACCGAGCCAAGAGAAUGAUCCUCAAGACAUUCCUGCUCAGUUCACCAAAGUGCUUGGCAAAUUAUGCAGCAGACUGGCAUUAGACAGUGUCGAUGAUGGUGUUCUUUGUGCCUGCAUCAAUAUUUUGGAGAAGGUGUUGCAGCACGAUUGCUUCACUCCAAAUCAGAAAGAAAAGGUUCAGCAGUGGCGUAGCAGGCUAGGCAAUCCAAGAACCACUCCCAAGUGGCAACAUAACUAUAGCUACAACAGCAGGAAGUACUGCAAUCCACAGCAGCACAAUUUGCACAACAGAAAACCGAGUUUGAACUUAGGUCACGUUCACAGCAGCCAUGCACAUGCAUCGUUUAUGGUGAGUCCACACAGGAAUAGUAUAUCAACUCCGUACUUGCAGAACAACCAAAGCCAAAAUGUGAAUCAAAACAAUUUGCGUCCUCUUCAUACAACCGAAAAGCGACCCAGCUUGCAAGAGACCAGUUUAGAGCAGCUGCAAAGAACUUUACAGCGUACUUACAGUGCGCCGAGAGAUCAUUUCCUGGGCCAAUCUAGUAACACUCCGGAAACGACAGAACCAGAAAUCAACUCUCGACUAGAAUCUCUUUGCCUACGUAUGACGGAACAGGCUAUCGGUGGUUUCGGUGAGGCUUAACGCGUUGAAUUGCAUGGAAAAAUGCUGAACAGCUGCGUAUUACUGACAGCGCAGUAUAUUCGUAUCUUGGGAAAGGUGAGUCAUGAUUGUCAGUAGAAAUUGAAAAACAGGUGAGAUCGUAAUUUCGUAAAAAGAUAUAAGGGGAAGAAUACGCAGAGUGACUACAUUGUGCGACCACACUGCACAAUUAUUAGUAACAGCCCAACCAAAUGGAUUGUCUGUCUGUAACGUGCGACAUUACGAUGAGGCAAAGAUUCUCCCUUCUAAACAGUGAAUGUCUAUCCGCAAUUUGUAGAUCAUAUUUUAUUACAUUCAUUGCAAUUGUACUAUUUAUAUGAAUUGACAGAAUUUGGCAAGCCAAAUGCUACUAGAAAGAUAGAUUCUUUCCUUUACUAUUUACAUAAUGCGUCUAUAUAAAUAUAUAUAUUACACACACACACACACACACACACACGCAGGCGCGCAAACAAACAUACGCAAUAUAUAUAUAUUAUGAUCGAAUUAAAGAACAAAAUGAUGAAUGGCGGGAGACUGAGGGAAAGAUGAAAAAAGAAAUCGUAUACAAUACAUAAGAUAAAAAAGAGAGAAAGAAACAAGAAAACGGAUAAAAGUAAUAGCUGCUGUGCGAGAUAUAUGCAAUAUUGUUUUUGUGUUAUCCAUUUCGGGAAAUGGAAUUCUUCUGAUUUUAAACGCUGAUACACAUUAUGCUAAUAUAAUGUAAUUCAUUUUAAUGAACGGACUGAUUUUACUUUUUAUUAUUCUCUAUCGCUAGACAUGCAUACUUAAGAAUAAAAGCAGACCUGCACUCUCGAUUAGCGAGGAGCAGUUUAUGGUCUAGGAUAUAAACUGUAGUGUUGUGCAUUUUUCAGUCGAGUUUGUCGGAACUACAUACUUAAUCUUGUAUAUAGUGUGUAUGCUUCGUAGUUCAUGCACAGAUUUCGUAAGUUUAAUUUUGUCCGAACGAAUCGUCAAUUUUAUUGAAAUGUUCGAGGUGGGCAUUAAUUGUUAUUUCUUUUUUUUUGCAUUGUUUGAACAUCGAAGACGAUUAUAAUUAGACUAUAUAGACAAACAAUAAUGAAAUUUAAAGGGCCUUAAGCAAAAAUACAUGAUAGGUGCCCAGGGAAGUGAUUUGCUUCUGUGAAACAUCCUGAUGCAUGGACAUACGCACGUUUACGUAAGAAGUGUGUGCAGAGUUUUAUGUGCGAGGGAAAAAGAUUUAAGAGUUGCGUUGAGAAAAGCGAAAGGAUAAAGGGUGAAAAGGGGAAUGAAGAAAACGGGCGCAAUCGCGUGAAAGCUUCUAACAUCGAAAUCUGUGGCUUUAAAUUAUAAGCAUACAUUGUAUUAUUAUAUAUUAGCACUUUAGAUAGCUUUGCUAUACUUAGUAAUAUUUUUCGUGCAACAAAUCUACCGAGUAAUAUUAUUAAUGAACUAAAUAACUAAAUGGAAAACAAUGAGACUGACUUUUUCACGCGUUUCGAUGGUUAAACCAAUGAUAAUUGAGUUCUAGUUAUAUUAGAAACGGCACUCUUACUUUGACGUCCUACGGGCGCGUGAAUUAAACAAUUGGAAGACUGUGGAAGGGAAAAAACCUGUCGAAAUAAUAAGAAUUAGAGAAAGGUAUCGCGUAACGGAAGUACUAUUAAUGUUUAGGUUAAUUGACUAUAAACAUAUAUGACGAACGAUGUAAGCUAGUGCAUAUGGUGAUUGCCGAAUUUUAUGGAAAAAUCCCCGUAGCCGACUCCAGGUAAAUGUGUUGAAGAAAGUGGGAAAAAAAAGUGAGUUUAAGGGGUGUGCAUGAGGUGCCGGAAAAAUUAUUUAGAAGGGUGCAGGACCUGUGCCAAGCAAUUAUUGACGUAUCCAAAAUAAAUUUGGAGCUAAAGAGAUGGCCGAGGCGAUCGAACAGCGAAGGAGAGAGGAAGGGUGGCGUUUCAUUUCACAAGUUAAUUUUAUAAUUAAUUUCACGGCAAACAACGUGUAACAGAAACGUAUAUAUUGUAUAACCCUUGUGAAUUCUAAGCGAGAUCAUCAAAAGCUAGUCAGACGAUACGUUUCUAAUUUCUAUCAGUUAUUAACAUAUUUAAUUGUAGUCUACAUUGCACAUUACAUAAGAUUAUACAUAUGCAUAUGCAUCAUGUGAUUUACAUGUUGCACCAUACAACACAACCGAUCUACACAUCCACACGAUACUCAGCGAAUAAUGCGAAUCACAUUUAAUACGUGACCAAAAACAAAAAAAAAAUUUUAAAAGACUGCUCGCAUGUAAUUGCAGGAUUUUCGUUGAGUGUAAUAAUCCAUUGGAAGCACAGUAUCUAAUUUAAUCUAUAAAGGCAGGACCUACCUAACAAAGAAUGCAAGAUUUACUUUAUUUGUAAAGAGAGAAAGGCGGAUAGAAAACUAGAAAGGAAAACGCGAUAAAGGAUCGGUGAAGGAUAGCGAAAGAUAGUGAGAGCAGAAAAAUGAUUACAUGAUAGUUAUACUUUGGUGUGUACGUGAUGUGAGGGGCUGAAGGUUCGGUUAUCGCCUUUUGUCUUGUACUACUAUUAUUAUUGCGAUAACUUUACUGCUAAAUGACCAUUUAUUCAUUGCUAUUAUUAUCCCUAUUAUCAUCGUAUGAAUCGUAUGAACACUACCGACAUCCUUGUUGUCCCUCGUUUAUUUUAAAUCCUAUUUAAUAUUCUGAGUGCAAGUUGCGUACUUCAGGGCUUGUCUCGCGAUCACCUGCGCACAGCAACCGUAAGAUUUCCUUUUAUACUUCUAUCGCUUGCUAAUCUCAUUUUCUAAUGUGACUCAAGAACAGCAAGGGGGGAGGGUGGUUGCACACAAAACUUCUUUAAGCAUAACGUAAGGUUCAGGCCAAUCAUCAUACGCCCAUGAUAUUUGACGGAGUUAUGGACGUACUUUAAUAGAUUGGCGAGCACCUUCCAUUAUGUUUACGAAAAUCUUUUGUGCGAGACCCCCUUAAUACCACCUGACACGUUUUAUCAUAUUGUACUAUACUGUGUACUUAUUGGACAGUCACUCCGGAGUUCCGGUGGUCCGGUGGUCCAUAAUUAUACCUCAUUCUUAGAGUCGCCAUCGAGCGGCGAAGGUCUCUUUAAAGUCGAGGUGUAAUUACGAACCAAUGAGAAGAAAGACUCUGUUGUACCUGCGUUGCUUUUAAAAUUAACUUGGGCAGCGGCUGUUAUAAUAUUAAGCGGAGGUACAAUGUGACACGGUGCGAAAAAUAUUUUAGAGGAAAAAAAGAGUUGGUUGGUCAUACACUCGAGCGGGACUCUCCCACUUGGGCCUCCUCGUCACUUUACCGCCUUCUCGCCUUCUUGAAAAUUUUAUUAAAUUGGGCCAGUAGCAGUGAAAUUCCCGAAUAUACGGCCAAAAAGUGCACGCGUGCCGCACGUCCUCCUUCGCGACCCAGGUAGCAAAGUCUCAAUGCGCGCGAUACUUACGGUUCCUCUUCCGAGGCUAAGACGUUUCUAUCGAUAGUCUGUUGUCUUAUGAAACGACUCUGCGGCGAAACUGGAACCGAGAAAAUAUGGACAACUCCUUUGGUCCCUCUCAAGAAGUCGUUCUCUUCCAUUUACCAUCGCCAACGAAAUAAGUGCUUGUUGCAACGAGAUUGCUAGCCUGGGAUAUUUAGUCAUGUAAGCUGGACAACUUGUAAAAAUGCAAUUUUUGUACUGUUACAAAUUUAAAUAGACGGAGAUACACUGAC